AUGAAUGCAAGACAUCUAACUAAUUUCGUUUCGAAGAGAAUCGUUAGAUGUAGUGCUGUAGCUGUGGUUGUUCUGGCUGUUGCUGGUACCGCUGGAGGCAUUUGGAAAAUUAAAAAAAGUCUGAUUGACGUCAGAAGGGGCGUUCAAGUUUACACGUACCGUUCUAAAAGUUGCAAUAAUAUCAACAACAACAACAACAUCAACAACAACAACAUCAACAACAACAUCAACAACAACAUCAACAACAAAAAUGAUCCAUUUGAAAAUUCGCCAAUCUAUGAUAAAUCUAAAGAUAACAUGGAAACAUUAUCAGACCUAAGUUAUGAUAACGAUAGUCUGGACGAAGCAGAUCACGUGAUCGAUGUUGAUAGUAAUGAUCUAAACAACAAAAACAGCAACAAAAACAACAACAUUAGCAACAACAACAGCAACAACAUUGUUGAAGAUAAAUUGCUAGCGACAAAAAGACUUAGCCCAAUCGGUUGUGAAUAUAUAAUGGAAUGUAACAACAACAUCAACAUCAACAACACAAUGAAUAUUAACAAUGAUAAUGAUAAUGAUAAUGUCAACAACAACAGCAACACCAACCAAAACUCAUCCCAAAAACCGCAAAUAACGAAAUCUCUCGCCAGUUUAGUAUCUUUGAGAAUUAGUGUAAUUAGUGAAAAAUUGAGCCGGCUAAGUGAGAGCUGGGAGAAAAAUCUCUUUAAAAGUGAACUGAAGUUAAGACUAAAAAAUCAAAACAAUGCUUUUAAAAAUAGCAGGGACAAUAGCAAUAAGAUUAGAAUUCAGUCGAAAAAUAAUUUAUACAACAACAACACCACCAACAACAACAACAACAUUAAUGACGUCAUAAUAAACUCCAACAUCAGCGACAUCAUCAACAACAGCAUCAACAACGAAAAUGACGAAGAAAUUAAUAUUGAAAUCCUUCCCGACAACACAAAUAACGAUGAUGCUAGCAAUGAUGAUGCUGCUACUAUCGCUACUACUUCUACUACUACUACUACCACUACCACUACUACUACUACUACAAUUAAUAAUAAUAAGAAUAAUAAAAGUGUUAAUCAUGGAAAUGAUCUCGACAGAUUAAUAAUUCUUGAUCCGAAGAAAGUAAAGAACUUAGAUCUAAUGUAUUUUAGUAGAGAAAAAAUUAAUAGUGAUGAUGAUGAUGUUGCUGGUAAUGAUGAAGAUGAUGAUGAUGAUGCUGAAAACAUUUUGUGCGGGGCUAGAGAGGAAGAAUUCGAAUACUUCGGAAUGCAACCGGUUAAAAAACCGUACAAAAUGGCCAAUAAAAAUAAGAAAAAAAUAAGACAAAUAAAAAACAUUGGUGACGAUGAUGGUAUUGAUGGCGGCGGUGAUGAUAACGAUAGUAGGGAUGUGACGGUCGAGUCGGUAUUAGUCGACGACCCGACAGAUUCGGUCCUGACUCGCUGCUCCUAUUCGAUUGAAAUAUUACCGAGACUUAUCAACAACAACAACAGCAGCAACAACAACAACAAUAAUGACGUCACCGUCACAAACAAGAUGUUUUUAAAACCGCCAUCAAACGCCUCAUCAAGCCUCUCAAUAUUAUCCGAACUGAGUCGAAGCGAUGAAGAUCUUCUGGGGGAAAACAGUCAUUUGUUCGAGGGCCUACUUCCGGUUUACAAAGAUCUGCCCCCGCGUCAUAAGAAUCUACCCGCAUCUAAUCAAACUUAUGAAAAUCUACCACCAAAUUUUCAGCCUUGGCCUAUGGAGGACAAUGAUCACGAUACUACUACUGCUGCUGUUGUUCUUGAUGGUGAUGAUAAUGAUGUCGAUUGUAAUGAUAAUGAUGUAGAUGGUGAUGAUAAUGAUGUCGGUUGUGAUGAUAAUGAUGUGGAUGGUGAUAGUAACGAUGAUGUAGGUGAUUUAAAAGCAGCGGAUCAAAAAUUGAAAUCGAAGUCGAAAGAUGGCUGUACGCAAACAUUACUACGGCCAGCAAUGGCUGAAACUGCAUAUGCUACUGCUGAUAGCGUUACUAAUUUAAGUAGCAAAGACACUUCUUACUCUGUUGUGCAGGGCAAAAAUUUACUGCAGACUCCAUUAACAGGGAUGUUCUCGUCAGUCGGAGAGUUCGAUACAGUCGGUCGAAUACACGAUCCAAGUCGGUUAGCUGCUGGCCGUAGAGAGGUGAAUAAAAACGAUUCUAUUGACAGUAUUACGUUGGUACUUGUCGAGCCGGAUAACCGAGUCGGUAUCAACUACGUUACCGGCUUUGGAGAUGCGCAUACCGGUGGUUCGGGACUGGGCAGUCUGAAGAAUGUUUCCCAUUACGGUGUCAAAGUGGAGUCGAUUUUAGACGACGAUGUUGAUGAUGAUGGUGGAGAGGAAGGUGGCACUAGUUAUGAUUACAGAGAUUAUUAUCAUCAUCAUCACCACCACCAAGAUGAUGAUGAUGGUGGUGAUGCUGAUGAUGAUGAUGACCGCAACAGCGAAGAUGAUGAUGACGAUUAUAUUGAAGGUUCUUAUAACUUGAACGACACCCAUUUUGAAAACGUCGAUGACGUUACUACUACGGCUGCUACUACCUCUGCCUCAACUACUACUACCUCUACUACUACUACUACAACUACUACUACUAACUUCCAAGUUGAUAAUGAUGAUGAUGGCGUUGGUGCUUAUGAGGAGGUGGAGGAAGAAGAAGAUGAAGUAACUAUUCAAGCCGCCAAAUCGCGCGAGGUCGAUGACGUCAUAAGUGAUGAUAAUGAUUAUUUAGAAGAUCGUGAUGAUGAUGAUGACGAUGAUUUGGAUGGCGGAGAGAUGGCGAGCGAUGAUGAAGAGGAAGGAGAAGAGGAAGAGAGAGAUAACGAUGAGGGAGAGAGAUCAAGAAAUUAUGAGGGAAGUAAAGAACCCAGAACGCACGGCACCAUCUACUCGUGCGAAGAUAACAUCUACGUGUGUGACGUAACCAAUGACCGUGAUGACGUAAUGAAUGAUCGAUUCAGUAACUCGUCACAUUUUUUGGAUUCGAAUGAUCUAGUGCUUAAUGAAUUCGGAAUGGUGGAAACCGUGGCCAUUCCACUUUAUGAAGACAGCAAGAUGGUGAAUGUGGAGAAAAGAAUUGUAGUACCAUUUGGCGAAAGAAUCGACACCAUCAUACCGACUCGUUUCGAAACCACUUCAAGAUACGGAUAUGGACUUAGUGAUACCGGCGAUUUUAAUACUGCAAAUGUUCACAGAGAUGUUAGCAGCGAUAAUAUUGGAACAGUUGAAAAGAAAUUUGUUGAUGUUUUUGGAGGGAAUGAUGUGCUACAAGAUAUGCUCCUUUCGAGUACCGAGAAACCGUUACAAUUCAGUGAUCGGUAUUUUAUAGAGAAUAAAGAAAUGUGGAUCGGCAGAAGAUCAAUCGAAACGCAAACUUACCCAGACCACAGAGAAAUCGAAACGCAAACUUCCUUGAAUUCAGAAAAAUCUCUUAAAACCGCAACGAUUUUUGUAGAACGAGAUUCGGCUAUUAAAGAAUCGGUGAGUGAAGCCGAUAAUUUGGACCAUCGCUACAUACACUCGCCUUAUCACGUGCCUUCUAAGGUUGAUUUAAACAGAGCUCAAUAUUUGUCUCUUCAAACUUUCCAGCAUUUCAGAGAUGGACAGAUGUAUUUGAAUCCGUCAGUGCACCAUGUAAAACCGAAUUUAUCCGGAUCAUCGUUUUGCAGCGUCGGUGUUAACACUGAUUCGAAUGAACAAGCAACAACAAAAGUGCCGCUACCAACAUCAACAAAAUUGGAAGCAUCAACAACAGCAACAGCAGCUUCAUUGGCGGCCAACGCCACAACAUCCAUCCAUGCAUCUCACACUGAUUCAACUAAAAAUAUUUUCACUAAACAUUCAGCAGAAGCAGCAGACAAGAAACAAACACACAAAUUCAAAGUUGACACAACUCGAGAACAAACCUCAUUCGACCGACCAGCAAACCUUAGAGACGCCUGUGUUGGUACUGAAAUAAAAUCCGACAAGAAACCGACCGAACGAUAUCUGCACUCCAGGUUUGAUUAUUCUGAAAAGGUUCAAGAAAAAUCAAAGAGGAAGCAUUCGUGGAAGAGGGAUGUUGAGAGGUUGAGGAAGGAGAGGAAGAAGAUAAUUGAGUUGUUGGGCAACGAAGUUGUACCCACCAAGGCUCAGGUUGAGUUGGCAGAAUGCAGGCUGAAUUAUUACAUCGGGCAGACGGAUCUGCUACUGCAGAUGACUGAGACUGAAGAGAGGGAUGUGUCAGAGCAUGGCAGAGAUGAACGAACAAAAAGCAUGAAGGAUUUUAAAACUGCGAGUGAAUUUGUCUCACUUGAUUCAGAUUUCAUAAACGAGCAGUGCGAUAAGUUUAAACUUUCAAGACAGAGAAUAAGACGUAAACUUGCCGAGUUGGACCAAUCGGAUCGGUUUUACACCGACGAUUUUGGUUACACCAACAACGAAUACCGCAAUAUCUACGGAUCGAUGAAUUUGAAUUCAAGGGUGAAAUAUUCGAGAGAUGGCUUGUCAAAUUACAUAGGCAGUGAACAAAACAUCUCAAGAAAGUUCGACCGAUCCAUCACAUCAUCGCCGAAGAAUUUUCAUUUUUCUCGCCAGAUGGAACGAGGCAACGAUAAUUACAACGAUCAUUUCUGGUACGGCACACCGACCAGAGCAAAAUCAACUUAUGUGGAAAGUUCGAGAAGUUUAAAUUCGAAGCAGAAAUGCGCCUCUUUCUCGCCGCUUUUCGCCCCAAGAUCGACCGACAUACCGCGCACAUCCCAACUUUCGUUUACAGAAACUCGACAGACAUCGCGUCAAAAUGUGACCGCUAGUCCAUCGAUUCCGAUUCAUUACAUACCGACCGAUACUCAAUACGAUACCGACGAUUACCGUUCAAAUCAACAACUGCCGGGUUAUUCAUCGAAUAUAACCGAAUCUAACCGCAUGUUAUCGCCGCCAACAUACCGAGAAUCGCCAACGGCAUGCCGACUUCACGAGCACAGCAGUCAGACUUCGGUAAAUAACACAACCCCGAAAAGUUCAUACAUAUACACUGAUGAUCAACUGAAAUCUGACGUGAAAAAUUACUUCAGAGAGGAGCCGACCGACCGACCGAUACACGAAUCAUACCGACUCAUGAUCGAUAGUUACGAGGCAAGAGAAAGGGCAAGGCGCGAAAUCGAAAAGAGUCUAGAAGCUAUGAGAGAAACCGGUGUUUGA